AUAAAAAUGCCUACUUUCAUGGUUUCCAGACGAUUCCGCCCACCUCUUUUACUCUGUCGUUUCAUAGACCCUAAAGUAUUAUUUUCCUCACAGUCUCGAUUUCCAAAUACACGAGCUAAUCAAAGUCGAGACAUUUCCGAUUCCACUAGUGAAGUCACCUCAAAACUACAGUUUCCUCAUAAAACCAUCUCUGGACCGGUUCACUUACCUUCGAUUUCAACCCUCGACUCCGAGAAUCAAGGUGGUGAUGAUGUGGACGACGCUCGUGUAAUCGAAGUGCUUCUAGGUCGUAGGAACGACCCUGUCUCGGCUCUUCAGUAUUGCAACUGGGUCAAGCCUUUACCUCAUCUCUAUGAGGGUGGAGAUGUCUUCUGGGUACUCGUUCAUAUUUUGUUCAGCUCUCCUCACACGCACGAUCGCGCCAGCAAUUUGCUCGUAAUGUUCGUUUCUAGCAAUCCAACGCUAAUCCCAAGCGUAAUUGUCAACUAUUUGGUAGAGUCGGCUGAAAGGUAUGGUUUUGAACUCAGCUCACGAGCUUUCAAUUACUUGUUGAAUGCUUAUAUUAGAAAUAGGCGAAUGGACUAUGCUGUAGAUUGCUUUAAUUUGAUGGUGGAACGAAAUGUGAUUCCUUUUGUGCCGUAUGUGAACAACGUUUUAAGCUCUUUAGUUCGAAGUAAUUUGAUUGAUGAAGCUAAGGAGAUUUAUAAUAAGAUGGUUUUGAUUGGUGUUGCUGGUGAUAAUGUAACGACUCAGUUGUUGAUGCGAGCUAGUUUGAGAGAACGAAAUUCCGAAGAGGCUGUGAAAAUUUUCAGGAGGGUGAUGAGUAGAGGAGCAGAACCAGAUGGCUUGUUGUAUAGUCUUGCUGUUCAAGCUGCUUGUAAGAUGCCGGAUUUGGUUUUGGCGAUGGAUUUGUUGAGAGAAAUGAGGGGGAAGUUAGGUGUCCCGGCCUCGCAGGAAACAUAUACUAGCGUGAUUGUGGCUUGUGUGAAGCAAGGUAAGAUGGAGGAGGCGGUGAGGGUUAAGGAUGAGAUGGUUGGUUUUGGGAUACCAAUGAGUUUAAUUGCUGCAACGAGUUUGAUUAAUGGAUAUUGCAAGGGAAAUAAGUUGGGUAAGGCUUUGGAUUUUUUUAAUAGAAUGGAGGAGGAAGGGCUGGCUCCGGACAAAGUGAUGUUUUCAGUUAUGAUUGAAUGGUUUUGUAAGAACGGGGAGAUGGAAAAUACUGUUGAGAUUUACAAACGGAUGAAAUCUGUAGGGAUUUCUCCUUCAUCUGUUCUUGUCCACACAAUGAUCCAAGCGUUUUUGAAAGCCGAGUCACCUGAAGCAGCGCUAGAUAUUUUCAAUGACAGUUUUGAAACCUGGACUGCGCAUGGUUUCAUGUGUAACAAGAUUUUUUUAUUGUUAUGCAAGCAAGGUAAGGUUGAUGCUGCCACGAGCUUUUUGAGGAUGAUGGAAAACAAAGGGAUUGAGCCGAAUGUAGUUUUUUACAAUAACUUGAUUCUUGCUCACUGCAGAAAGAAAAACAUGGACUUGGCUCGUUCAAUAUUCUUGGAAAUGCUGGAAAAUGGUCUAGAGCCGAAUAACUUCACUUACUCCAUCUUGAUUGAUGGAUUUUUCAAGAAUAAGGAUGAACAGAAUGCUUGGGCUGUCAUCAAUCAGAUGAAUGCUGCCAAUUUUGAAGCUAAUGAAGUCAUAUAUAAUACAAUCAUCAAUGGUUUGUGCAAAGUUGGUCAGACAUCUAAAGCCAAAGAGAUGUUGCAAAAUUUGGUCAAAGAAAAGCGCUAUUCCAUGGGUUGCACGAGUUACAAUAGCAUCAUAGAUGGUUUUGUCAAAGAAGGUGAAACUGAUUCUGCUGUCGAAACUUACAGAGAGAUGAGUGAAAACGAUAUAUCCCCAAAUGUUGUAACCUUCACCAGCUUGAUCAAUGGAUUCUGCAAAAGUAACAGAAUGGGUCUUGCUCUUGAAAUGAUGCACGAAAUGAAAAGCAAGGAUUUGAAACUCGAUAUUCCAGCCUAUGGUGCACUAAUAGACGGGUUUUGUAAAAAACAUGACAUGAAAACCGCGUAUACGCUGUUCUCUGAACUUCUGGAACAAGGAUUGCGGCCAAAUGUGUCUGUCUACAAUAGUUUGAUUUCAGGAUUCCGUAAUCUGGGAAAGAUGGAUGCAGCGACUGACCUGUACAAGAAAAUGGUGAAUGACGGGAUAAGUUGUGAUCUAUUCACAUUUACAACGAUGAUCGAUGGCUUGUUAAAAGAGGGAAAUCUAAUUGUCGCCUCUGAUUUGUACUCAGAGUUGCUUGCGUUGGGCAUUGUCCCUGAUGAAAUCUUGUACAUGGUACUUGUCAACGGUCUAAGUAAGAAAGGACAGUUUGUGAGAGCAAGCAAGAUGUUAGAGGAGAUGAAGAAGAAAGGGGUGACUCCAAAUUUGUUUAUUUACAGUACUGUUAUCGCAGGACACCAUAGAGAAGGAAAUCUCAAUGAGGCUUUUAGACUUCAUGAAGAGAUGCUAGAGAAAGGUCUAGUACAUGAUGAUAGUAUAUUUAAUUUACUCGUGAGUGGAAAAGUUGAGAAACCUCCUGCUGCAACCAAGAUUUAGUAGCUUGACUUCUCCUGAGACUGAGAUCUAGUUACCAAUUGAUGUUUCUUAAAAGCCUUUUGAUAGUUGGAAGACAUACAAAAGGAGAUCGUCAUAACUCUUUUUAUCCUCUGGAAGGUAACUCCCGCAGGACUCCGAACGACGUCUUCAUCAUCUGAUUGCUCUCUGUAUAUACUUGUGAAUGAUUCGAGUGCCAGACGCCACAAGCGCUUAGCUUAGCUAAUCUCACUUUUGUUUUAUCAUGUUUGCCACGUUUAAUUUAAUGUAAAUAAGAAAAAAAUCAAAAACGAAAAAGAACAUCCAUUUCGCAUAAACUUUUAGAUUUUUAAAGUCUUGCAAAUAGAUUGUUGUAUAAAGAA